AUGCAUAUCCGAGACAUGCUGGCGGAAGCCGAGAGGACAGGCGAGCCGUCCUUCUCGUUUGAAUACUUCCCGCCCAAGACCGCUCAGGGCGUCCAAAACCUCUACGAUCGUAUGGAGCGCAUGUACAACUACGGCCCGAAAUUCAUCGACAUCACCUGGGGUGCUGGUGGCCGCGUGGCCGAACUAACAUGUGAAAUGGUGGUGCAAGCACAGGCUUAUCUGGGCCUCGAGACAUGCAUGCACCUGACCUGCACAGAUAUGGGCGUUGAGAGGAUCAACGAUGCCCUGCGGAAAGCCUACAAAGCCGGAUGCACCAACAUUCUCGCCCUUCGAGGUGACCCGCCGCGCGACAAAGAGAAGUGGGAGGCUGCCAAGGAUGGCUUCCGUUACGCCAAAGAUCUCGUCGCCCAUAUCCGCAAGGAGUACGGCGAUCACUUCGAUAUUGGUGUUGCAGGCUAUCCCGAAGGCUGUGAUGACAACAAGGAUGAGGAUCUUCUGCUUGACCACUUGAAGGAGAAGGUAGAUAUGGGCGCUGGCUUCAUUGUCACCCAGAUGUUUUACGAUGUCGACAACUUCCUGCGCUGGGUGAAGAAGGUCAGGGAACGCGGCAUCAGCGUCCCCAUCGUGCCGGGCAUCAUGCCUAUUGCGACCUACGCCAGCUUCCUGCGCCGUGCGAACCACAUGAAGUGCAAGAUUCCCGAGGAGUGGAUGGCGAAGCUCGAGCCAGUCAAGAACGACGAUGUAGCCGUCCGUGAGAUCGGGAAAACCCUUGUUGCCGACAUGUGCCGCAAAAUUCUGGAUGCCGGCAUUCGUCAUCUACAUUUCUACACCAUGAACCUCGCCCAGGCAACCCGUAUGGUUUUGGAGGAGUUAAAUUGGCUGCCUUCUCCUGACAGGCCGCUGAAGCAUGCUUUGCCUUGGAAGCAGUCUCUGGGCUUCGGUCGUCGCGGGGAGGAUGUCCGGCCUAUCUUCUGGCGUAAUCGUAACAAGUCAUACGUGGCCCGCACUCAGGACUGGGAUGAGUUCCCUAACGGUCGCUGGGGUGAUUCAAGGUCCCCGGCUUUUGGUGAGUUGGACGCCUACGGUGUCGGUUUGACCGGCAGCAAUGAGCAGAAUCGUGAGAGGUGGGGCGAGCCGAAGUGCAUCAGGGACAUUGCCAACCUCUUCAUCCGGUACCUCAGAAAGGAAAUUGACUACCUUCCUUGGAGCGAGGCGCCAGUGGCCGAUGAGGCCGACCUCAUCAAGGACGAGUUGAUUGACCUGAACCGGAGAGGUCUGAUCACUGUUAACUCACAGCCGGCCGUUAACGGUGCAAAGUCGAACCACCCUGUUCAUGGAUGGGGCCCUUCGAACGGUUACGUCUACCAGAAGGCCUACCUGGAGUUCUUUGUCUCUCCUGAGCUCUAUCCAGAGAUCAAGCGUCGCAUAGAGAGCCACCCCGAUCUCACUUAUCACGCAGUGACAAAGUCAGGAAAUCUCGAAACGAACGCCCAGUCUGAUGGACCCAAUGCCGUUACCUGGGGAGUUUUCCCCGGAAAGGAGAUCGUCCAGCCUACCAUUGUUGAGAGGAUAAGCUUCCUUGCAUGGAAAGACGAGGCGUACCAUUUGGGUAUGGAAUGGGCCCGCUGCUAUGAUGCCGGUAGCCCCAGCCGCGUGCUCUUGGAGGAAAUGAUGAACACGUGGUGGCUGGUUAAUAUCGUGAACAACGACUUCCAUCAGGGCAAUACUUUAUUCGAGAUCCUGAAGGGCCUCGAGGUCACUGAUCUUGACAAAGUCCCAGAGACUCAGGCUAACGGGACCAAUGGAGUCUCCAAUGGCGUUAAGGCUUCGGAGACCUCAGUUUAA